AGGAUAGGGGCGGGGUCCUUUAGGACAACACAUCCCGCCUUACUGACAAUCGGGAUUGAAAUACCAACCAUGUACUUACAGGUUGAAGACCUCAUUCGUCAGUUAAGAGGACAUUUGAAGACAGUAAAGACUGAAGGAGAAUUGAAGCCUUUCCAUUCAUUCAAUGACAUAAGAGAGAGGCUAAGACGACCAUUGAAACAGCUUGAUAUAACUGCCUCCGACUUCCUCACUGUAUUGAGAUUCCUACACAAAAGAGGUGUAGUAUUUUUACAUGAUUCUCCACGAGUAGAUGACAGGAACUCACCAGUAGUAGCCAUCAACCCACAGAUAAUCGGGUUCCUUCUCCAGCGUACCAUCAGAUCCGGUGAGAUGCACGGGGAAGGUAGCAUCCUUUCUGGAUUCCUCCCCAACGUCCACCCGGCCAUGAUUUGGGGCGUCGACCCGGUCCUAUUUGCCGAUGAUAAUAACUCAGCUGGUAUAACAGGCCUUCAAUUGAUAGAUUUCCUCACUUCGGUCGAUCUUUGUGCCCCUUUGGUCCCUGGGGCUGUCCUCAUACCCUCUUUAUUGCCACGCCUACCUCCGGCUGAAACUGUGUUGAAUCUAGAGGACCUGAGUCCAAAGAGGGUAUAUAUAUUAGGGUACCUCCCCUCAUUCUUCUGGUGUCACUUAUUAUCACGUGUGUUGCGUGCCUUAGCCUUCCAUCGCUUCCUUCAAGGGGAUACCCUCCUCACUCCUUCCUCCCCCUCCUCCCUCCCUCCUCGACCGGCUAACCCUCUUGUAACGCCCACAGGUGCUAAGCUGUUUCUGUGGCAGAAACAUUUUGUUUUCGAGGACAUUGACGGGUCGAAGUUGUGGCUGGUUGUGUAUGAGGGUGGUCAGCUGGGACCAGAGUCAACCCAGUACUGUGGGCGUAUUGAUGUCCUCUUGAAAACUGCUACUAGAGACAAAGAGGCUUUACUGCUCAGGAUUGUGACUGAGGAAAUAGACCAGUUGCUCACGGAGAAGUAUCCUAGUCUAUUGGAUGACUACUUGACUCCUAGUCUUGUUGAUGUCCUUGUUCCUCUCAGCUCCAGCUGGUUCACCACAGACCUCCUCUCCCCCUCCUCCUCCCCUGACAGCCUUCAUGAGGCUUUCGGCAUAGGAGGAGGAGGAAGAGAUGAGGAUGAAGAAGGAGUUGCUAUACCUAAUCUUUCAUACUCUCUCAAAGGUCGUGGCCACUCUUUCUCGUCUAUUGUCGAUAGUACUAGUCUCCAGUCCUUUAGCAGUAUACAGGGAACUCUUCAUGAAGCUUUUGCUAGCAUAAGAGCAACAG